AUGGCGGAGUCGAUGCAGUUCGUUUACCGUGAGCGCACGUUUAUCGCAACGGAGCAGCGGGCGUUGCUGCAUCAUACCAUCGGGGAGUUUGCGAGCAAAUCCCCCGUCCGAUGUUCUGUCUCCUGUCUCACGCACGCGGCGUGCCGCUCCUUCAAUUUCGGCCGAGUCAGCCGGGUGUGUCAGCUUUCCGACGCGGGCAGGAAUGAUUUUCCCAAAGAUUUUCAGCUGAGUGGGGAUUUCACACACUUCGAAGCGGAGGAUUUGAAUGGAUUGGGCGUUCAGACUACAGCCCAAUAUUCGACUAGUGCACAGUCAACAGAGGCGGAUGUUACAACUCUGACCACUGGUGAUUGUAACUCUGAGAACGAUGGUGCUAUGGGCAUGGCAAGUGGUCUGAUACCCGACAGCAAGAUCAGUGCCUCGUCUAUCAAUACAGGAUACUCCAUUCACUGGGCUCGAAUCAAUGACAAAGGUUGGUGCGCCCUCAACCAUGACGCGAACCAAUGGCUGCAAGUUGAUUUUGGCGGGAAGGUGUACGUGACUGGAGUACAGUGCGGGUCAUACUAUAAUGGUAACGCGUACAUUGACGAGUAUAAAGUUCUGUAUGGUGAUGAUGGCGUUGCCUGGACUACGGUGCAAAAUGAAGCUGGUACAGCAGAUGCAGUGUUUGAUGGACCGCCUGACCGUGACACCGUGGUGACCUCAAUGUUCCCAGCUGUCGUUUAUGCGAGGUACAUCCGCCUGCAACCUACAGCCUGGCCAGUGUACGUCUGCAUGCGAUUUGAACUGCUCGGUUGCCGAUACUAA